ACGGCAGGCAGCGGCGAGCCGCCUUCAAAAAUGGCGUCUCGGAGGAAAAUGAGUAAAAAAUAUUAAAACGCGGCCUGCUUUCUUCACACUUCCUCGUUAGCUGAAGUGUUUAUUUUCCUUUUUUUUGUUGGUAUUAUUCCCCGUGUGGUUCCUCGUCAACGCUUUUUGUCGAAGGGGGUUUUUAAAGGAGAGAAAAAAGGGGGUAAUAAACGCAGCCUGGUUUUUAUUUUGAUGCGUCGUCGCUGACAGCUUAGCGUCUGCUGCUACCGCGGCUCCGCUGCAGGGGGAUGGGGGGGUGAUUAGCAUGCGAAGAGAGGAAAAAAAAGGAGAUUUUCAAAUCGGGGACUGCUUUUUCUACGCCGUGGGGAGUGAUUGCUACUAAGGAUUGCGAGGUUUUCUCGAGUUUUAGCGCUGUAGCUGCCGGUAGCCCGGAGAAAGGGAGGAGGGACGGCGAGGAAGGAAGGACGCGUUCAAGUCAAACGUUUAAAAGCAAUCUGCCCAUCACCGCAUCUUCAUCAUGACCAGUUUAAGACCAGAGCUGCAUUCGUGGGAAUGAUAAACGUGAAAGGCGCAGGUUAAAGGAGAAAACUGGCUUUUUUUUUGUCUUUUUUUCCUUUUUUUUUGGAGGUGGUUGGAUUAUAACCCCGCACUCAGACCCCCCUCUUUUUUCAUCCAGCUUUCUCCUCCUCCCCACCAUUUCUCUUUCAAUAUGCUGUUUUCCACUCCUGAGGACUUGCUUAUGAAACCGGGGAAAAUAGCCUGAAAAAACGAGAACGGGAGAGACUGGAUUUUUUUUUCCUACAUCGUGUCUCGUUGCUUUCAUCCUCAUCCUCACCACUGUACAACACAUAAAUGGAUAGAAAUUACCCGGGAACAGGAUUCGGUGAUUUGGGCGCAGGAGCAGGAUGGAGUUACGACAGAACGGCCAAAGCAAGUCUUGUGUAUGGGAGUUCCAGAUCAUCCCACCCUGAGUCUGAGCUCCUUCACCGACAAGCCUAUGCCACCCCACACCCUCUGCAGGGCUAUGCCACCAAUCACCACCCAGGGAGCUCUGGCCAAGGCGGGGCUUGGGGAGCAGCUGGACGGAGUUUGGGUCUUUCUGGGCUUUUUGACACUGGCCUGCACCACGCCAGCCCCUCUGCCCCGGAUGCAUCGGUCAUGAAUCUGAUCUCAGCCCUGGAGUCCCGAGGUCCCCAGCCUCCUCCUUCUGCCUCCUCUCUUCUCUCUCAGUUCCGCACACCAUCCUGGCAGACAGCGAUGCACACGCCUGCUCCUCCUGAACUAUUCAUCUCUGGAGCCCUUCCUGGCUCCGGCUCCUUCCCAUCCUCUUCAGCUCUGUCAGCCUAUCAACAUCCAGCGUCCUUCUCCAGCCGCUCUUUCCCUGCCGCCUCCCUUUCCCUCCAGGACACACCCACAUUCAGCCCCACGUCCAAUGGCCUUCUCUCCCCACACGAUCCCCUAAUACACAUCAAGGCCCCUUCCCAGUCGAGCCUGGGUUUUGACAGACUCCUGUCCUCGCAGGGUGCUGCCGCCGCCGCCUACAGGGGCAGCCAGGAUCCCACGGGUGCCACAUCAGCCCAGGCAUCAUCUGCCCGGCACCUGCAGUCACACCAGUUCAAUCUGUUGUCAUCACAGCUACAGGAUCAAUCCUCCCAGCUGUAUAAUCCCUCAGUGUUUUCCUCAGCCCAGCCACAGCCUCAAUCUCAGUCCCAGUCCAACUCGGCUCAGGAGAGGACGGUGCCUCGGCAGGACAGCGUUAUCAAGCACUAUCAGCGGCCCACCCCAUCCCAGUCACAGCUUUCGUCCUCAGCGGCCCAUUCUCUCCAGCACUACCUCAGCUGUGGAGGGGCGGGGUACCAGCAGAUCGCCACCCACCACAGGCACGCUGGACUUUCUUGCAGUCCACUAGGUGACCAGAGUCCCUCUUCCGACCACAAGCCGGCCUCUCGCACUGAGCAGUACCGGCCGAUCAUUCAGCCUCCGUAUUCAUCCUCCUCCUCCUCUUCUUCUUCCUCAGCUGGAAAAGGUACAAAAAGCAGCUCUAGCAGCGGCUACUCUUCUGGAAGUUCUGCAUCAUCCUCAAGAACUCCUCACACCCCGCCUUCUGCUUCUUCUACUUCUUCCUCCUCCUCCUCCUCCUCCUCUGCCACAUCAGGAGCUCAUCCUUCAAACUCGAUUCCAACCUCCACGUCCAGUGCAGCUCCUUCGCGGCAGCAGCCCCCCCCUCAGCCGGCUCCACCGCCCCCCGCACCUCAACAGCAACAGCCCCCCGCCACUUCCUCGUCAGCUCCUCAGUCUUUACCGAAAUCCUGCUUGUCUGGCUAUGGCUCUCCUGUGCCCCCAGUCAAGACCCCAACAUCUGCUCUUACCGGUCAAACUCCACCCCAACAACAGACACAGUCGUAUUCCCCCAAUCAGCCUCCGACAUCCCACCUAGCUCAGUCUUACGGAGGCUUCAGCUCGCCACAAGCUCAAGACUUGAGUUCUGGCACUGGUGGGAAAGGUUACGGGGGCUUAGGUGGGCGAAGCCAGUCGUACUCCGCUGAUAUGUACGGAACUGAUUCUGCUUAUGGAUCCCUUCCAUCAUCGUUAGGCGGAGCUGGGAGCCCGUCGCUCGGCUAUGGGGCCCCAGGUCACUCUCCCGCCCUUUUGAGAUCAAGUGGGUCGUCGGGAAGUGGCGCAUCUGGUGGAGGAAGCAGCAGCGGCACCGGGAGUGGAAACUCCGGGUCGGGAGGAGGAGCGGGGACUAAUAUGAGCAGUGACAGAGGUGGAGCAGGAAGUGGAGGCUCUUAUCAUAUUCCAGACUCCAGCCCCUCCCCGUCAGGCAACUCAGGCAUCAUCCGUCCAGGGUUGCACUCCCCAGUGCCCACCUGCCCUACCCAGUCUCCAGGAGGUGCAGGCUCAAAUAAAUACAUCUCCUCUGUCCUCUCACCCCCUUUUCUUGCCUCCCCCCAGGGCUUCCCUGACACCAGAGGCCCUGCCUCCCAACCUCAGUCAUAUCAUUCCACCUCCUCCAAAUCAAAGCAGGACACUUCGAUGUUAGGAGUGGCCUCGCAGAGAUCCCAGGAGGAAGUUGACGAUGACGAUGAGUUUUUGAUUCAACACCUGCUUCAGGCCCAAGCGAGUCCCGGUCCUCAGGCUGCUCAUCACCAUCCUCAACCGCAGUCCCAGCAGACAUCUCAACAGACGCAGCCUCAGUCGCAGUCAGGACCCCCGACCAGCGACUCGGGCAAAGGCAUGAGCUACGAUAUGGGUAAGACCUCUGAAGAGAGGUACCACCCCCAGAGUGUUAUACGUACCCACAGUGCGACAUCCACCGCCGGAGUGGGAAAUGCGGGUUCUGGAGGGUCAAUCUCAGGGCUGGACAACCAGCUGGAGAUGUCCCUAAAGAAGCAACAGCAUCAUCAUCAACAGCAGCAGCAGCAACAGCAGCAGCAAAGGAACGAGAGAUCUGUUGGGAGUAACAGAAGCAAUGGUGGAAGAGGCAGCGCUGAACAAGUACACUCCCACCUCCAUCACCACGACAGUUUGGGUUCUGUCGUGCACUACGGCCGGGCCGACCCUUACACCCAGCAUCCUCUUGCUCCCCAACACUCCUCACACAGUCAACACGUGUCCUCACAUUCACAGAUGCCGCCACUUUCCCAAAUGGAUCUCCAAAAGAAGCCGCAGGAGCGUGCGGAAAUCCCUUACCCUCGUAAAACACCGGAGCUCCCCCAGCAGCAUUCUCAAGCUACCGGGACCCUAAUGGACUCUCCCACCGACCAGUCCCGUCAGCCUCCUCACCUGCUCCAGUCGGUGCUGUCGCACACGACCCGAAACAAACUGGAGACUCACCAACAGCACCACAAGAUGGACUCGCAUCGCCAACACCAACCGCAUCAGCAACAUCCCAAAUUGGAUUCCCACCCUCAGCAUCAACAGCACCAAAAGAUGGACUCCCAUCAGCAUCAGGCGCACCAUAAAAUAGAUUCUCAUUCACAGCAUCAGCAGCACCAUAAAAUGGACUCUCAUCCCCAACAACAGCAGCAGCAUCCUAUAAGCCAGCAGCAAGCUGUGAUGGAGAGUGCUGGUGGGAGACUUGGUUCAAGUAAACAUCAGAGCCAGUCUCAGUCCCAAACCACCCAGCUCCAGCUUCAGCUGCAGUCCCAGGCUUUGGAGGUGGCGGCGGCUCACUACAAUCACGGGCCCCAUCAGCACGAACAAAGCCAGGUUAAACAAAGUGCGGUGGUCUCCUCCCUGGACAUGCUGGAGCGCUCCCUUUCUCAGAGCUCCAACACGGACGCCGUUGCAGAAGAAAGACGUGGCGGUCCAGGCAGCGCGGGGAGGAGCGGGAGUAGCGGUGAGCGCCACAGACAGCAGGAGCCGCAGAGGCAGCACCCACCUCAUCAUCAGCCGCAACAAACCCACCUCUCACAGCAACACUCGGCCCCCGAACUCCACUCCUUCCUCACUGAGCCCGACAUUGGCCUGUCCACCCCGUCUCACAUGCACCAUCUUUCACAGCAUCACGCACAGCAGCAGCAGCAGCAGCAGCAGCAGCAGCAGCAUCCGAGCUCUCAACACCAACAAACUCACUCCCACCACCCUCAUCCACAACAACAGCCUCCUCACUCUCACCAUAUACCCCCACCUUCUUCCUCAGCCCACUCCCAGCCCCAAACUGAUCCACAGCAACCACUCUCGAGCCAGCUCACGCCUCAGCAGAACCAGAUGGAUCAACAGCGGUCGGAGCAGCACCAGUUCGACACCGGCGCCCCGGGGGAGAAAGCAGACCAGAAUCAACAGAGUAACCGCUUCGUACCUUUGACUUCGAUCUGCUUCCCGGACUCCCUCCUCCAAGAUGAGGACCGCUCCUUUUUUCCAGGGAUGGAAGACAUGUUUUGUGCGGAGGACUACAAGUCGAGCUGCGCGGGCGGUGCAGGACCGGGGCAGGAGGAGAUGAACGAAGCGCACACUGGGCGCGAAGGACUGGACGCUAUGAAAACUGGACAGAAUACGGGAGGAGCCGGGGGAAGUAGCGGACCGAGCUAUGACAUGAUGGGUCACCAUGGUGGAGAUCAAGGUUAUGAACCGUAUUGUCAUGGUCUGGAGGAACCCAGCAACAACACUAUGACUCUGGAUCUGGAUUCUCUUAAAACUCACGACCUUCCUUCUACCGUCAACACGGAGCAGCUCGGUUUGAUACAGUCCCAGGCUCCGGCCAUGGGUAUGGGACCCAACACAGCCGGUCCCAACAACUCUGGAGGUAAAAUGUCUUCCGGGCCUGGAGGACCUAGCUCAGGGACAGGUUCUGGAGGACUCCAGUCUCCAAUCUUCUGCUCAUCUCGUCCCAAGAAGCUCCUGAAAUCCAGCUCUUUCCACCUGUUAAAGGAGCGCAGGGACCCCAACACACUGCCUAAGAAAAGUUACGCUCAAGAAUAUGAGUUUGAGGACGACGAAGAUAAAGCUGACCAGCCAGCUGACAUCCGCUUGAACAGCCGCAGGCUGCCCGACCUAUUACCAGAUUUAGUAUCCAGCUGCAGAAAGGGAGGAGGCGGCGGUGGAUCACUCAGCCCUUUAAUGAGCGACAUUGAUUUUUACCACUCCUCUGGAUACUCGUCUAUGGGUUCACACUCCAUCCUGCCUCCAGAUGGACCCAAGAAGAGAGGGCGAAAGCCCACGAGGCCGAAAAGAGACGGUCCUCCCAGGCCGAGAGGCAGACCUCGUAUCCGCCCCAUGCCCGAGCCCUACACCCCCCGAGGGAUGCUGGGGGAUAUGGGUGGAGCAGCAGUUGGAGCGGGAUUCAACGUAGAGGGUCGAGGUAGGGGAAGGGGCCGUGGAAGCAGGGGUAGAGGAGGAAAGAGGGAGGAUAUGUACAUGGAAAUGAGUGGAAAGGAACCAGAUCAGAUGCACCCUCACCACCUCCAUCAGCAGCAGUCGCAGCAGCUCCAUCACCAGCCCCAGCAGCAACACGAGCCAAUCCCACCUCUCAAGAUCAAGUUACCGAUUAGUACCCUGUCAUCCUCCGAUUCUUUGCUGAGGACAGACUCUUUGUCUGGCACCGAUCCUGCUUUGUCAGACGGCUCAGUUGGCUCCGCUCCCUCUCUGGGUUUAAGUCCUGGACCACCCUGCAGCACCGAGAGCACCAGAAGCCACGACAAGAACAAACAAAAAAGCCAAAUGAUAAGCGAAGUAAUGGAUGACGAUGGACUGGAAGAAAGGGGGGAUGAGAGGGAUUCUGAGUCUAAGGCUGGUUUUGUCGCUUCAUUCUUGGACUUCCUCAAGACGGGGAAGAGACCUCCAGGACUGGACAUCUCACCAGGAAUGGACCCUGACAAUGGCGAAAGCUCCCCUUGUAAAGCAGGAGCUCUACGUCCACUGUCUCCUGCCCCACCUCCCCCGCCGCCGCCUCCGUUCGGCGACGGUGAGGGUAACGGAGGUCUGGCUCUGGGCAACUGUCCCAGCCCCAAGCGCUUAGAAGAUGAGCUAAAGAGGAACCUGGAAACCUUGCCAUCUUUCUCCUCUGACGAGGAGGAUUCAGUGGGAAAGAACCAGGACCUUCAGAAGAGCAUUUCCUCUGCCAUUUCUGCUCUGUACGACACUCCUCAGCUGACCUCAAACCUCCAGGCCCCGCUGCCUCCUUCACCUCCCCAGCCUCAGUCUCAGCCGGCUCAGGCCCCUCUCACCCCCACACUGCAACCUCCCACUCUCAGUCCACAGCCCACCAUGCACACUCCCCACAAUCAGCCCCAGUCCAACGAACCAGAUAUCCUUCAGCCAGAAGAGGGGGACAUGGAAGAGAACAAGGAGGAGGAGAAUGAGGAGGAAAGAAGCACAGUAGGGGAUGAAGACGGUGAUAUGACAGAGGAGAGGGAACCCCACUUGGAAACUCUGGGUCCCCCUAAACUUGAUGAUCCCCUUCCAGAGAUUCCACCAGAGCCAGCGACUCCUGAACCUCCCUCUGCCCCCCCAUCUCCAGCCUCCUCCUCGUCUCCUUCUCACUCUCCACUCCCUCCUCUCUCAUUCCCCUCACCGCUACCUCCACCAGAGGAACCCCAAGAGGGUUCCCAGCCUCCCAGCCCCAUUGCUCCCACCCUUCCUUCUCCAUCACCUCCCCCAACUGUUACUCCUGCCCAGCCUUCCACUCCCCCUCCUCCUGCUCCUGCUCCAGCCUCCCCUCCUCCCCUAUCCUCAACUCAAAAGGAGUCUCCCAUGCCAUCCCCGGAGUCCCCCGCCUCUCCUGAGGAGCCUCCAGCUCCAAAGAUCACCUCGCUUCACCUCGCCCAAAAGCAAGAAGAUGCUGCCAUUGUUGGAGAGAGUGAGGAGGAUGAGAGUGAGAGCGGAGGGGAGGGCAUCUUCAGAGAAAGGGAUGAGUUUGUGGUGCGCGUUGAAGACAUUCGAACGCUCAAGCUGGCUCUGCAGACGGGUCGUGAGCCUCCACCCAUCUGGAGGGUGCAGAAAGCUCUGCUUCAGAAGUUUAGCCCAGAGAUCAAAGAUGGGCAGAGACAAUUCUGUGCCACAAGCAACUAUCUUGGCUACUUUGGAGAUGCUAAGAGGCGAUACCAGCGAAUAUACGUAAAGUUUCUGGAGAACGUCAACAAAAAGGACUAUGUGAGAGUGUGCUCCCGGAGACCAUGGCGCAGAGCCACUCCUGCUCACAGACGGCAGUCCCUACCCAGAAUGGCGUCCCCUCCUGCGACGCAGACACCACCUAAAGUACAGGACAAAGAGGAGAGAGUGACUUCACCAAUGCAGCGUGAGCAGAGGGAGAAAACAAAAGCAUCGACGACAACAACAAAAGAACCCCGGGAGAGGAAGGAGGCUCCAGCUGCCGUAUCAAAAGCCAAGGAGAAGGAGAAGGAGAAAGAGAGGGAAAAGGAGAAACCAGUGCAACCGCAGCAGGAGAAGGUGGAGAAGCGGGUACAGGCGCAGCACGACAAGGUUGAGAAGCGGGUGCAGCCUCAGCAGGAGAAGGUGGAGAAACGGGUACAGGCGCAGCAGGAGAAGGCAGAAAAGCGAGUACAGCUGCAGCAGGACAAGGUGGAGAAACGAGUACAGCAGCAGAAGGUGGAGAAGCGAGUCCACGCGCAGCAGGAGAAGGUAGAAAAGCGCUCCAGUGCUGCAGAACGUGGUAGAACAAAGGAGGACAAGAAAGCUGUGGAGAGGAAGGAGAAGGAAAAGGCUGAGCGACCACCCAAGGCCAAGCCAGCUAAAGUAAAGGCAGAGCCUCCACCCAAAAAGAGAAAGAAGUGGCUCAACGUUCCUUCAUCUGUACCUUCAUCGUCUGACUCCGACUCAUCUGAGGAGGCGGCAAGUGAAAACGAAAUGCCAGUAAAGGGCGGAGUGAACAACCGUGCCAUGAGGGAGAUGUUCAGGAGCUACGUGGAGAUGCUGGUGAGCACGGCUCUGGACCCGGACAUGAUCCAAGCCCUGGAAGACACAGAUGAUGAGCUCUACCUCCCCCCGAUGAGGAAGAUUGACAGCAUCAUAAGCGAGCAGAAGAGGAGGUUGUUGAGGAGAGUCAGCAUGAACUCUCCACACCAGGAGGUUCUGCACGCUUACCCCCAAAUAAUGAUCGACCCCCUGGACACCGGGGUGGUGAGGGUGCGGCUGAGCGGCGACGCCUACAACCGCAAGACCCUCAACAGAGUCAAGAAGACCCUACCUAAACCACAGGACUUUAAGCUUUCAUCAGAGAUGUACCGGAUCUACAGUCUUUACCACUCCCUACAUCACUAUAAAUACCACACCUUCUUACAGUGCAAGAAAGAGACCAACACCAUCGAGCAGGCGGCCGAGGAUCCGGGCCAAGAGGAGGUGGUACAACAGUGCAUGGCCAACCAGAGCUGGCUGGACACCCUCUUUAGCUCCUUCAUUGAGCUGCUCACACUCAGCACCAAAGCUUGAGUGACUUGUGUUAAAGGACAGAAAGGUUUAAGUAAGAAUAUUUAAAAAAAAAACAAGACUUUAAAGAAAAUACAAAAACCGAAAGAAAAUGGAUCCCAUUGUACAGCCCUCUGACGCUCUUCAAGUCUCUUAAGAUCCGAGGAUGAAUUUUUAAGUCCCUCAACGAACACAAGAAGGGUCUGUUGAUAUGACCUCGGACACUGGCUUCUGGAUUUCUUGGGGUUCUUUCUGGUUCUCGUUGUUGAUCAAAGACUAAAGAAAUGUAUUACUUUGUGAGAAAGGUGACCCCACUGGACCGCGGGUCACUGGAGGCUAAAGGAGGAAUUUACCAUUGGUGAAAAGGGAGAGACACAAAACGGGAUGAAGAGGAGGAGCCAAAAACACCAAGUAAAAACGGAGGAGCCGCCGAAAUGUUAUUAACUGUGUCAAAAAGACAAUUGUUCAAAGAGAAACUAUUACCGCUUAGUUUUUACAUAAAUUAUUUUUUUGAAAAGACUAACAUCAGCUGUUGGCUUUUGAAAAGCGUGGAAGAGGGUGAGAAUGCUUUUUAAAUUGCGUGUAGUGUGCCGUGAGCAGUGUGACCAUGGACUCGUCCACGAGUAGAAAUACAUUAAAAAGUGUUAAUAAAUGCUCCCUCGCUCCGUCAUCCUGUGCUAUGUGUAGGGCGGCACCAGUCAGCUGUGUGAUAAUAUAUAAACACAUUUUUAUUAUUUAUAUGAGGAGGUUUUUAACUUAAACUCUCACAAGCGCUGGUUUGCUGCCCUAACAUUUUAGAAUACCUUUUUAUUUUUCACAGGAUCAGUAUACAAUCAUAACCCACAUAUCCAAGUCGUCUUCCCUUCUAUACAAAAGAACAGACGUUGAGACAGAAAUAUUGUAUUAAAUAUAGUGGGUGUAAAAUAAACAAAAAAGGAAGAAAAGAAAAAAAAGGAGAAUGGCAAAAUCUAUUUGAAACUUAACAUUGUCGUGCUUCAGUUCAAUCAUCAGUCAUGCAGGUGCAAAGAAAAAGAACUAUCCCUUUCCCAUGUGGGAAGGAGUAUAAAUAGGUAAUAUUUAAAGAGGAAAUAGUCAUUUCAUUUUUAUCAUUUUGAUGUCUGUGCAUACUAUGACUUAUUUUGAAAACAAUCUAAUUUUCCAUAAAAAAGGAAAAAAAAGAUGUGUAAAUAUUGUACAGUUCUUGAUGAAAUUCUUUGUCCUUCUGUACAUUAACUCUCCUGUAUUUGAGAAACAAAUAAAAUCUACAAAGAACAAUUGGUUUCAUUU